UGUUUAGAGGCUGCAUAUAUUGGUUCCCUAAAAUUACUUAAUGUGUUCAUGUCAGUGACCGGUAACCAGAAUUUAGAAUUUGAAAAAGUCAAAACAACGAAAGAAAAAGGAUGGCUUCACCAAAGCUGCCCGAUCUCAACUCAUCCAAAAUAACAGAUUUUUUUCCAACAAACAAAACAGCUGAAGAAAAAAAAGAUGACGAUGUAUCCAAAUUAGGAAUAACAAAUAAUGAUGACGGAGCACUGAACCAUGAUCUGUCCACAUCUUCAGUCUUGAUCACUCCCACUUUGACUCCAGAGAAGAAUAGUGAUGACGAUCAGACUGGACAUACAAGUCACAAACAUGAGAAUCCGGCUUGUAAAAAGGGUCUCACAGAAAAGCUGAACAAAGAAAUUGACAAUCAUGAAAAAUCCAUUAAUGAAACUUCUGCAGAUAUUAAGAAGAAAGAGUCGAGUUUGGAAACACCGAGACCCAAAUCUCGUCGUCGUGGGCGAAGGAAAAAAAUGGCAGCAAACAAAUCAGAACAGAUCAAUGUGUCUUCUGCAAAUACUCAAGCAAAACCCAAGACUGUUAGAAAAAAGCAAACAGAACCAGAUAACCUGAAAAAUACUCUAGUCACUGAUUAUUUUGCUGUGAGAAGAAGUGAUAGGAAAAGUAAAAUAGAGAUUGAGAAACAGAAAGAAGAGGAUUUAGUUUCCAAAAUUUUGAAUUGUUGUGAGGAGGGCUUGAAGGUUGUUGAGUUUGACAACAAGGGUCGAGGUGUGAUCGCCACAAAGGCAUUCGGGCGUGGAGAUUUUGUUGUCGAAUAUGCUGGAGAUCUUAUAGAUCUUAAUGCCGCCAAGGAACGAGAGGAAAGAUAUGCCAUAGACCCAACAAAGGGUUGCUACAUGUACUACUUUCAUUUCUUGAACAAGAAAUACUGUAUUGAUGCCACAGAAGAAUCUGGGAAGCUGGGUCGUCUACUAAAUCACAGCAAGACCAAGGGUAACUGCCACACAAAGCUAGUGGAUGUGAAGGGAGACCCGUAUCUUAUUCUGGUGGCUUCAAGGGACAUCACUGAAGGAGAGGAACUCCUGUAUGAUUACGGCGACAGAAGUAAAGCUGCACUAGAAUCUCAUCCUUGGCUAAAGGCCUAAGUCUCCUGAUUUGGAUGUAGUAUUAUUGGGGUUUUAUGUGUUCUUCAGGCAGUGCAAGUUCGUUCCAUUUUUACAUUUCUUCAAUGUAUUGCUUGAAAGAUAUGAUUUGUGUUAAAAAAAGAAACUACUGCUUAAUCUUUAUUGGUUUGAAGGGAUAUUAAGCAGGGGUUUGUGUUAUACCUCAGUUCCACGUGGAGAGUUUGGUCCCUCACCAACAAAUGCACAGUGAUCAUGUUCAUUCAACAAGUUUAGAAAGAAUCAAGUUUGUUGUAAUUUCUUUCUUACUGGAUGUUAUCUAUAUGUCAGUUUGUGAACAGAAUAAAAUAAAAUUCCAUUAUGCAAAAGCUUAAACAUAAAUAGCAUAAAUUACCACUAAACAAACUUUACAAUUAAAUACAUGUAGAUGUUGGUUUAAUUUCUGAGAUUUAGAAAAUGAUUGUGUGGGCUUUUUAUAGAAAUUAAUCAUGGCUGAUUUAUUAGAAUAUGUUAUAUUCUCUGAGGCUUACUGUUUUAUAAAAUAAAUAAAAAUUAAAUCUAAAACACUAUGCAGCAUUUAUUUGACAGCUUGGUCGUGUUCAUAAUUAAUUUUGUCCAAUAUCACUAUUGAAUAAAAGAGUGGAAAAUUGUAUAGUAUUUAUAUUUUGUUGAAGUGUAUUAUCGCUUAUUUAUGAACCUCCACCCCACCCUCUCAGUCUAAAAGUGGCGAGUCACAUUGUGAAAAUGGUUUGUGGUGGUUCAUUUCAUAAUUCAUGUUUUUCACAUAUCCUGAUUAAAGUCUUUCAUAUUAAGAUGUUCUCAUUUGACUUGUGAUCAAAUUUGGCAAUUUAUAUUUUUAAAAGAUUUGUAUAUAGGACAAUAACGGUUGGUGUCAUGAAAGUUUGUAAACCUCAUAAUGUCAUAUAUUUUACCUGUUUUAUUAACUUAUCAACUAGUCUGUAAACAUAUUUAUGUUCUUGUUUUACAUGAUAUGUUCGUGUUUUUUUUAUGUUCCCCACCACUGUAACGGGGGACAUAUUGUUUUUGCCCUGUCUGUUGGUUUGUUUGUUUGCCCCAACUUUAACAUUUGCCAUAACUUUUGCAAUAUUGAAGAUAGCAACUUCAUAUUUGGCAUGCAUGUGUAUCUCAUAGAACUGCACAUUUUGAGUGGUGAAAGGUCAAGGUCAGGGUCAUCCUUCAAGGUCAAAGGUCAAAUAUAUGGGUCAAAAUCGCUCAUAAAAUGUACACUUGCAAUAUUGAAGCUAGCAACUUGAUAUUUGGCAUGCAUGUGUAUCUCAUGGAGCUACACAUUUUUGAGUGGUGAAAAGUCAAGGUCAUCCUUCAAGGUCAAAGGUCAUAUAUAUGGGGACAUAGUGUUUCACAAACACAUUGCUUGUUUAAGGAAAAUUUCAAGUACAUUUUGUUUUAAAAUGUAAGUUUGUUUUAAAAACAUUGAUGUAAUUGCUUAUUAUUUAAUAAUCUGGAGCCAUGAUCUGUGAUAGCAGACUUCCUGCAUGAACGUACAGUGUCAGGGACGACGCUUUUCAAUUUUAAAGAACUUCUUGUUUAUAGGAAGUCUUUUUGAAACAAAAACAUCUCUGCAGAGAGCGUUGUCACUUAUUAGUCCUAUGCGGACUAAAAACCUCGAAAUUCUGAAAUCGAAAUCUGGCACGACACUUUAACUCUUUCAGUGCGUGAACCGAAUUUUAAAGACCUUUGCAAACAGUUUGGAUCCAGAUGAGACGCCACAUAACGUGGAGUCUCAUCAGGAUCCAAACUGUUUGCUGUUCUGAUAGUAUUCUUUGAAAAAACUCGAAGAAAAUUCCAAAUUUUGAAAUUCAGCAGACAACAUUUUAGCAGAGGACAAAUUUCCCAGCAUGCAAAGGGUUAAGCCCAUGAAUCAGCCAUUCAUCAAGUCCAGUUUCCCCAGAGCACGGCGCAGUUGUAUGCACUUUUGUAUUUUGCAGUAUGUAUUGUGGCCUCUGAUGGUUGCUUUCGUAUUAGAUAUGACAUAAACAAGUAUUGUUUACAUGUUAAUGUAAGAAAUGAUAAGAAUAUUAUGAUCACAGUUGUUUUUUUCCACUUUUUGGGAAGAAAGCCCAUGAUACAGCUUUAUGUGUGAUUCUUAAUGAACUGAACAACUAUUUUAUGCAGUUUUCAAGAUCUCUUUUGGCUUUCUUUAUAUACCUUUGUAAAUAGUUCUCACUGUGUAUAUUAUGUAUUGUUUUAAUGCAAUCAAUGAUUUAUGAAUUCUAUUUUUUAAUUGCAAAAUUGUAAUAUUAUACAGUUUUUUUUGUCUUCGUAAGGUUGAAAAAAAAGUCAUAUCAUUUAUGGUUAUUUUGUACCAUGUACAUAAUUUGUUUCAACAAUACCAAUAAAUUACCUGACAUCUUGACACAAAUUUUCCUGUUGAAAAGGUUAUUUGCUUAAACCAAACUUUCAUUAAAUAAAUAUGAAUAUAAGUCA